AUGCUGUAUAUGCAUCAUACCAUUGGUGAAGACUUAGUAUUACCAUCGAUUAAAGAUGCUGUUGGAGUGAUGUUUGGAGAAAAAGAAGUGAAAGAAAUCGAGCGCAUACCACUAUCGAAUAAUACUGUUGCGCGAAGAAUUGACGAAAUGGCUGAAUGGACAGAAGAUGAAUUAAUCCAGCGAAUAAUUAAUAGUAAAUAUUAUGCUCUGCAACUAGAUGAGUCUACCGACGUGCAAGGCCUAUCUCAAUUAAUUGUUUUUGUGCGUUAUAUAUGGCAAGAAGAGGUGCAUGAAGACAUUUUGUUUUGCAAGCCAAUUAUUCGUGGAACAGCUGAGGUAAUUUUCAACGUAAUUGAUUCCCAUAUAAAAGGAAAAGCGUGGUUACAAGAAUUCUUGAACAAAGUCCCUAUGCUUCGUGGACACACUGUAGCCUUCAUAGCACUUCAAGCACUGGUUUCCAAAGCAUUGCCUGAUGAUUUCAAAACAGUUCUAAAUACAGCUGUUAAAAUUGUUAAUUAUAUUAAAACAAGACCCUUGCAAGCUCGCUUAUUUCGAAAGCUGUGUGAAGAAAUGGGUAGUCUUCAUACAUCUCACCUGUUGCAUACCGAAGUUCGUUGGUUAUCCAGGGGAAAAGUACUGACACGAUUAGUGGAAUUACGCCAUGAAGUUCUAAUUUACUUGGAAGGAAAAACUGAAUAUAUUGAACAUCUAACGGAUGAAGAAUUUAUUCUCAAGCUCACAUAUUUAGCGGAUAUUUUUUCGAAGUUAAAUGAACUCAAUUUGUAUUUGCAAGGUUCAAACGGAUCAAAUAUUUUUGCAGUUCACGAUAAAAUUCGGGCGUUUAUGAAAAAGCUUUUGCUGUGGAAGAGUUGUAUUGAGAUUGGGAAGUACGAUUGUUUUGAAACACUUGAAACGUUUAUUGUUGAAAACCAAGUGCAGCCAAAGAUGAACGUAGUCUUUGCAAUUUCUGCACAUUUAUCAUUGUUUAAAAAAAAAAAUUGA